ACCAUGAUCGGUGCAGUGUUCAUAGUGCUAUGUGUCAUUCUCCUACUCUAUCAUCUCGUUACAAGAAAAUUCGAUUACUGGAACCAACGAAAAAUACCUUACAUCAAACCCGUACCCUUAUUCGGAAACUACGCCUCUUACAUACUCUUAAAAUCCUUCAUAGGACACGUUACUCAAUCAAUAUGUAGACAAUUUCCAAAUGCGCCGUACAUUGGAACAUUUUACGGCACCGAACCAGCCCUCCUGGUACAAGACCCUGAGGUAAUCAAACUUAUUAUGGUUAAAGACUUCUACUAUUUCAAUGGCAGAGAAAUCACUAACUACACGCAUAGAGAACCCAUCACCACUAAUAUGUUUUUCACUUACGGUGAUAGGUGGAAAGUGAUGAGGCAAAAUUUGAAUCCUCUUUUUUCAUCUGCGAAAAUUAAGAACAUGUUUUAUCUAAUAGAGAAAUGUGCACGACAAUUCGAAUCUAUGUUGGAUGAUGAAGUAAGACAGGAUAAUAUAUUAAAAGUGAGAGCCUUGAUGUCAAGAUAUACAAUGGAUUGUAUAGGAUCAUGCGUCUUCGGUAUAGAAACAAAAACAAUGGAAAAAGGCGCUGAUGAGAACCCGUUCACGAUAAUAGGUCACGAUUUAUUUUUAGAGACAAAGGUCGGAGGUCUUAAAAUGAUAGCUCGUUCUAUAUGGCCAGCCGUGUUUUACGCAUUACGUCUUAGAAAUUUUCCUGAGAACAUAAGCACAUUUUUUCACAAACUCAUGACUGAAGUGUUUGCUGGACGAAAUUACAAACCUACAACAAGGAAUGAUUUUGUUGAUUUACUACUUAACUUGUACAAUGAGAAAUACUUGACUGGUGAUAGUAUAGAAAACAUGAAAGGGGCAAAUAAGAAAAUAUCUUUGAAGGUUGACGAUGAAAUGUUGGUAGCGCAGUGUUCUUUGUUUUUCGCCGCCGGUUUUGAGACGUCAUCUACGACUGUACAAUUUGUUCUUUAUGAGCUUGCCAAGAAACCGGACGCUCAAGAGAAGGCUUUAGAAGAAGUGGACGAAUAUCUUAGACGUCAUAAUAAUAGAGUAGAAUUUGAUUGUAUUAAUGAAAUGCCUUAUAUUGAAGCCUGUAUCGAUGAGGCAUUACGUCUGUAUCCAGUAUUGAGUGUUCUUACUCGAGAAGUUCACAAAGAUUAUACUCUGCCUUGUGGUGCAGUACUCGAAAAGGGCGUCAGGGUCCAUUUGCCGGUGUACCAUAUACAGCAUCGUCCAGACUUCUUCCCCGAACCCGAGGAAUUCCGACCAGAAAGAUUUCUAGGAGAGGAGAAACGUAACAUAAAACAGUAUACUUAUUUCCCGUUUGGUGAAGGACCUAGGAUCUGUAUUGGCAUGCGUUUCUCCAAAAUGCAAAUGAUACCCGGUCUCAUCACAGUUCUGAAGAAGUACCGGGUGGAACCGGUGGGGCCUGCUGAAGAAUUGGACUUCUUCUCAACCACCAUGGUUAUAACAGCGAAGAAGGAAAUCAAGCUGAAAUUUGUCAGGCGAGAAGAUUGGCUACGACGCAAGUUCUGAAUCAAUA